GGGCGGCGCGCUGCCCGCACUGCGGCACCCACACUGCCCUAAGAGCCCGGGUCUCCGGCGGCGGGGCUGGCUGCGUGGCCGCAUCGCACCGGCCCGCCCAGUUUGGCGCAGGGUGCCGCUUCGCACGGCGGCGGGUGUGGACUGGGGAGGGACAGACAACUCUGCGCUUACCUCUCCAGUAUCAACCUGGUGCUGAAUCUCGAGCCUGUGAAAUGCCUUAAUUACAUCUGAGAAAAGGAUCCUGAUCGAGUCAGUGCUUUAUAUUACUACUCAAUGCUCACCAUAAAGCUGAGAUAUGCCCACUGUUGAGAGUGAAGCCAAAAUAAAAACCAAAGUUCGCUUUGAAGAAUUGCUUAAGACCCAUAAUGAUUUAAUACAUGAAAGAAAAAAACUGAAGAAAAAACUUGCUAACUCUGGAAGAAACAGCUCACUUAACACCAGUAGAAGCAAUCUUCAUAAUAUUAGAGAAACAGACAGUGAUGAAGUAAGUGCUCCUAACACUACUAACCCAGAGAAGAGUAUGCACAUGACUAAAAAAAACCUGAGAAACACACAAUCAACAGUUGAAUUUCCAAAUGAUGCUGUUUGUGUAGAGGAUGACAAACAAGUAAAGUCAAAUAAAAAGGCUACAAAGACAUUGCUCCAGGUGACUGCCCAAGAAAUGCAUCUGGAAACUCCUGAGAAGAAGGUGGGUUCUUCAUACCAGAAAACACGAGCGAAGCCACAGCCAAGUGUCCAUCAUCGGAAAAAUGAGAGAGCUAAUGAAGGAGGAGAAAAUAAUGAUUUAGAAGAGACUGAAGAAUUGAUGCAAGCUUAUCAACUCCAAGUAGCUGAAGAAAUGGCAAAAGAGAUUAAGAAGAAAAUAAGAAAGAAACUCAAAGAACAGUUGGCAUAUUUUCCCUCGGAUACUUUACUGCCUGAUGACAAAUUGAGCAGUGAGAAAAGGAAAAAGAAGAAAAAGAAAGUUCCAGUCCUGCCUGAAACUGAAACAAGUGCAUUGACCAUCUCUGAUGACACAGUUGAAAAUGAACAAAAGAAGGACCCUCCAGUUGGAAUAGUCACUCCAGAUUCUCAUCGAGAUGAUGAAAUAAGCUCGGCCGAACAAAAUGUAGCAGACAAUAUUCCAGAAAACACAAAAUCCAAACAAAAAAAAACAAAAAAGAAGGCUAAAGCAGUUUCAGAUGAUAAUGAAGACAUUGAUGGUGAUGGUGUUCAUGAAGUAACCAGCCGAGAUAGUCCUGUUUAUCCCAAAUGUUUGCUUGAUGAUGACCUUGUCUUGGGAGUUUACAUUCACCGAACUGAUCGACUUAAAUCAGAUUUUAUGAUUUCUCACCCAAUGGUAAAAAUACACGUAGUUGAUGAGAAUACGGGUCAAUAUGUUAAAAAAGAUGACAGUGAACGGCCUGUUUCAUCUUAUUAUGAAAAAGAGAAUGUGGAUUAUAUUCUUCCUAUUAUGACUCAGCCAUAUGAUUUUAAACAGUUAAAAUCAAGACUUCCAGAGUGGGAAGAACAAAUUAUAUUUAAUGAAAAUUUUCCCUAUUUGCUUCGAGAUUUUGAUGAGAGUCCUAAAGUCAUUCUGUUCUUUGAGAUUCUUGAUUUCUUAAGCAUGGAUGAAAUAAAGAAUAACUCUGAGAUUCAAAACCAAGAGUGUGGUUUUCGGAAAAUUGCCUGGGCAUUUCUAAAGCUUCUGGGAGCCAAUGGAAAUGUAAACAUCAAUUCAAAACUUCGCCUGCAGCUGUAUUACCCACCGACUAAAUCUCGAUCCCAUUUAAAUGUUGUUGAGGUUUUUGAAUGGUGGUCAAAGUGCCCAAGAAAUCGUUAUCCAUCAACAUUGUAUGUAACUGUAAGAGGAUUGAAAGUACCAGACUGUAUAAAACCAUCUUACCGCUCUAUGAUGGCCCUUCAGGAGGAAAAAGGUGAACCAUUGUACUGUGAACGUCACCAUGAAUCAAGUUCAGUAGAAACAGAGCCUGGAUUAGAAGAUUCAAAGGAAGUAGUAAAGUGGAAACGACUGCCUGGCCAGACUUGCCGUAUCCCAAACAAACACCUCUUCUCACUAAAUGCAGGAGAGCGGGGUUGUUUUUGUCUCGAUUUCUCUCACAAUGGAAGAAUAUUAGCAGCAGCCUGUGCCAGCCGGGAUGGAUAUCCAAUUAUUUUAUAUGAAAUUCCUUCUGGACGUUUUAUGAGAGAAUUGUGUGGCCACCUCAAUAUCAUUUAUGAUCUUUGUUGGUCAACUGAUGAUCGGUACAUCCUUACUUCGUCAUCUGAUGGCACUGCCAGGAUAUGGAAAAAUGAACUAAACAAUACAAAUACUUUCAGAGUUUUACCUCAUCCUUCUUUUGUUUACACUGCUAAAUUUCAUCCAGUUAUAUCAGAGCUGGUGGUUACAGGAUGCUAUGAUUCUAUAAUACGGAUAUGGAAAGUUGAUAUGAAAGAGGAUUCUGCCAUAUUGGUCCGACAGUUUGAUGCUCACAAGAGUUUUAUCAAUUCCCUCUGUUUUGAUACUGAAGGUCAUCACAUGUAUUCAGGAGACUGCACAGGAGUGAUUAUUGUUUGGAAUACCUAUGUCAAAGUGAACGAUUUGCAACAUUCGGUGCGCCACUGGACCAUAAAUAAGGAAAUUAAAGAAACCGAGUUUAAGGGGAUUCCAAUUAGUUAUUUGGAGGUUCAUCCCAAUGGAAAACGUUUGUUAAUCCAUACCAAAGACAGUACUUUGAGAAUUAUGGAUCUCCGAAUAUUAGUGGCAAGGAAAUUUGUAGGUGCGGCAAAUUACCGGGAGAAGAUUCACAGUACGUUGACACCAUGUGGGACUUUUCUCUUUGCUGGAAGUGAGGAUGGUAUAGUAUAUGUUUGGAACCCAGAAACAGGAGAACAAGUAGCGAUGUAUUCUGACCUACCAUUCAAAUCACCCAUUCGAGAUGUUUCUUAUCAUCCAUUUGAAAAUUUGGUUGCAUUUUGUGCAUUUGGGCAGAAUGAACCAAUUCUUCUCUAUAUUUAUGAUUUCCAUGUAGCCCAGCAGGAGGCUGAAAUGUUUAAGCGCUAUAAUGGAACAUUUCCAUUACCUGGAAUACACCAAAGUCAAGAUGCUUUAUGUACCUGUCCUAAACUGCCCCAUCAAGGCUCCUUUCAGAUUGAUGAAUUGGUCCACACUGAAAAUUCUUCAACAAAGAUGCAGCUAGUAAAACAAAGACUCGAAACCGUCACAGAGGUGAUACGAUCCUGUGCUGCAAAAGUCAACAAAAAUCUCUCGUUUGCUCCACCACCACCAGCCACCUCACAACAGUCCAACCUAAAACAGUCAAACAUGCUGACCGCUCAUGGUACUCCACAUCAGUUCAGUUUCACUCAGACUGGGAGUAUCAGCUUAGAAAAAAAGCCUUAUAACCAUCAGACAGAUACAGCGCCAACGGUAGUGGCUCUCUAUGACUACACAGCGAAUCGAUCAGAUGAACUAACCAUCCAUCGAGGAGACAUUAUCCGAGUGUUUUUCAAAGAUAAUGAAGACUGGUGGUAUGGCAGCAUAGGAAAGGGACAGGAAGGUUAUUUUCCUGCUAAUCAUGUGGCUAGUGAAACACUAUAUCAAGAACAGCCUCCACAGAUAAAGGAGCGAUCUCCACCUUUAACCCCCAAGGAAAAACCCAAAGUAGAAAAAUCUUUGACUUCUCCAAAGCAAUCAGUCAGUAAAGACAAGUCACAGGAUUUCAGAUCGAGUUCACAGUUGUCUAUGACACAUUCUGAAAUGAGCAAAGAACAGAGCCGGGAGGACAGAGGACAUAAAAUGUACAUCCAGGUGAAGAAGAAUGAGUAAAUAGGCCGAAAAGUCACACUAAUUGAGUAAAGGGUUGAAAAAGAAUAAAGAGACACCCAAAGGUACAAAGGUGAAGUGACAAAUUAAGCCAUAUGGAAUUUCUCUUCAGAAUUCAGAAUUUUCAAAUGCUAAGGAAGAAAAGAAGAAGCCACUAUUUCUUGUCCUUAUGAAAGAAUCUGUAAAAACCAGAAGCAAGGUUUGCGUUGAAAAAUCAGUAUGAUCUUUGAGUUUAAUUGUUGUAAGUCAUUGUGAUUGUAGGUGGUCAAAAUAUUGCUACUUGUAUUAUUAGUAAUUGUAUCAAAAUUAUAUUACCACUGCUGGAAAACUAGUAAAGAGAAAACCGUAAUUGCUACUCAGCAAAUGUGAAUAAAAAGUAUUUGCAUUGUUAGGAUGUCUGCUGAGUAAUCGUUUAAUAUUAUUACAUCUGUAAUGCGGUUGUAUGUGUGAUGUUAUGUUCAAAAUCUGAAGUACCUGCUUUUGAAAUUAACUUUAUUUAAAAAAUAAACACCUUUAGAAUAUUGUGUAUUCAAAAUGGUAUCAGUAACAAAGGCAUUAAAAGAAAACAAUUUGCUUUUUAGAAUAAAAAGUUUGUGUUUCAUUUGAAUAAAUGGUAUAUGUAACUUGA